GCAUUCAGGUAAUGUCGUCUUGUUUAUAGCUAUCUACUUUUCGUAUGACCAACUAUCAUUUACAGCUGACUUGUUAUACAAAGUUCAAGUUUGGUUAUAUCGACUAACUUAAUAGCUAGCGCUGAACAGAAGCAAUAUUGGCGAGUUAUAAUAGCUACUAUUGCUAACUGGAUAUUUAGUUCAGCCUCAUGACAUGACUCAGGAAAAUUGAUAAUCGACACCUAUAAUUGGCAGUACUCUCACAGAACAAGGACGUAUCUUAGGCAAAUGGAUCCUCCUCAUCAAUCCAAGGGAGGCAACAGGCCUCGUGAUGGCAAACGUGGACCAAGCCAGUCCACUGUCCCUCAUCAGAAAGAUGCCUAUGCCAGACUCCUCAGCCAGCAUCAUAGCAGCAAGUUCAGAUCCUACCUGGACCAGUAUGUCCAACAACAGGGGGAAGAGAGGGGGCCGAGCGAACAGAGGCAGGGUUUAGCAUACAGCGAAAAACAAGACAUACCGCAGAGAAAAAGGGACCAGGCGUUUAUCGAGUGCUCUGACUCGAGUGACUUCUCGCCUUCGCCUAUGAAAGGUAAGGGAGGUGAAGAGAGCUCUCUGUCCUUGUACAUGGACAAGCUGAAUAGUCGGGGAGCCCUGCAGGAGCCGGAGAGGAGGCAGGGGGUUUCCGACAAGCAGCGACGCGGGGAGAGGAGGGACACCAACACCAGUCAGGAUGGAGAUGUGGAGUCCGGUGAGGAGUUUGCCUCCCUCAAACAGAGGGACUCCCAGCAGCAACAACAGAUAAGAAAUAAAGACUACAAAGACCAUGCUUACAAAGUGCCCACAAGUAACCAAGGGAACAAGGACAUGAGUUAUGGGGCAUCCCCGCCGAACGCCUUCUCAUCUUUCCCAGCUCAGGCGCAAGAGAAGAAGAAGUCCAAGAAGAAGAAUGUGCCAAAGACCAACGCAGAUAACAAGAGAGGUGGGCCCAUGUAUCCUGACUUCGAUGCAGACAUGUCAACAUCCCCCCUUAACAAAUCCAAAAACAUGCAACCACAAGGUGUUACUACGCCUUCUGACAAGGGUAAGAAGACUAGAGGAAGCCAGGGAGGAUCAAAGAAGCAAGUGUUUGAAGCGUACAUGACCACAGAGGACGUUUCCCACGGCCUAAAGAGAGGAGAGCUCAUUCAGGGAUCCAUAAGAAUCAACCCCAAAAAGUACCACGAGGCUUUCAUUGCAGCACCGGAUGGCAAGCGGGAUAUCUUCCUGGAUGGAACCGCAGCCCGCAACAGGGCCCUGAACGGGGAUGUAGUAGUGGUGCAAGUUCUCCCUCAGGAGCAGUGGAAGGUUGUGAAGUCAGACAGCGAAGGCGUGAGCGAACCAGAGACCCAGUCUGGGAGGAGCCAGACACCAGGAAAGAAGACCAAACGCCCCCCCAGUCCUGAUGUCAUUGUGGAAGCCGAGACUGAAGCUGAGGAACAACUGGCAAAGAGGGUGGAGAACAUCAGCCUCAACGCCACAGAAGAUGGAACUAAAAAAGAGAUACUCCAAAGGACUGCUAAGGUGGUGUACAUAGUGGAGCAGAAGCACUCGCGGGCCGCCACAGGCUUCCUCAAGUUCCUCCCGGACAAGCCCUUUGCCAUGUUCUCUCCUGUCGACCACCGCGUGCCACGGGUAAAUGUUCCCCUGCCAGAUUGCCCCCACGACUUUUGCUCCCGCCCGGGAGACUACGCCAACAUCCUGUUCAUCGUCCGCAUCACCAGCUGGCCAGACGACAGUAACUUUGCCGAGGGUCGACUUGCUAAGACUCUGGGCCAGGCCGGGGAGAUUGAGCCGGAGACCGAGGGCAUCUUGAUAGAGUACGACGUGGACUUCUCUGAGUUCUCUGUCGAGGUGCUGGGCUGCCUGCCCCAGAAGCUGCCCUGGACCAUCCCCCCUGAGGAGUUCGGCAACAGGAGAGACCUGAGGAAAGAAUGCAUAUUCACAAUUGACCCAGCUACCGCCAGAGACCUGGACGAUGCGUUGUCUUGCAAACCACUGCCCGACGGCAACUUUGAGCUGGGUGUCCACAUUGCUGACGUGAGUUAUUUCGUGGAAGAAGGCAAUGCGCUGGACUUCAUCGCCAGUCGGCGAGCCACCAGUGUCUACAUGGUUCAAAAGGUGAUCCCCAUGUUGCCUCGUCUGCUGUGUGAGGAGCUGUGCAGUCUAAACCCCCUGACUGACAGACUCACCUUCUCAGUCAUCUGGAAGAUCACCCCUGAGGGCAAGAUCCUGAGUGAGUGGUUCGGUCGCUCGGUGAUCCGCUCGUGCAUUAAGCUGAGCUACGACCACGCCCAGAGCAUGAUCGAGGCCCCCGACAAGCUGUUCCAGGCAGAUGAGCUGCCCCCCUGUGCCGCCGAGCACCCCGUGGACGAGAUCCACCAGGCCGUGCUCAACCUGCACUCCAUCGCCAAGAGGCUCCGUGCCCAGCGCUUCCAGGGCGGCGCCCUCCGCCUUGACCAGUUGAAGCUGUCUUUCACUCUAGACAGAGAGACCAGUAUGCCCCAAGGAUGCUAUGUCUACCAGUACAGGGACAGCAACAAGUUGGUAGAGGAGUUCAUGUUGCUGGCCAACAUGGCCACGGCCCACCAGAUCUACCGCUCCUUCCCCAACAAGGCCCUGCUGCGACGCCACCCCCCGCCCCAGACCAAGAUGGUGGACGACCUGCAGGAGUUCUGCGACCAGAUGGGCCUCAACAUCGACUUCUCCACGGCCGGGACGCUCCAUAAAAGUUUGAAUGAGACUCUUGGUGAUGACGAGUACACCAGCGCCAGGAAAGAGGUCCUGACCCACAUGUGCUCCAGACCAAUGCAGAUGGCUAUGUACUUCUGUACGGGGGUGUUGAAGGAGGAACUCCUGUUCCGUCACUACGCCCUCAACGUACCCUUCUACACCCACUUCACCUCGCCCAUACGGCGCUACGCUGACGUCAUCGUCCACAGGCUGCUGGCCGCCUCUCUGGGCUGUGGUCCUCACCUGGAGUUGAAAGGGGAGGAGGUGCAGAAGCAGGCGUCCCACUGCAACGACAAGAAGACGGCCUCUAAGAGAGUCCAGGAGCUCAGCUCAGAGCUGUUCUUCAGUGUGUUCGUCAAGGAGAGUGGUCCUCUGGACUCUGAGGCCAUGGUGAUGGGAAUUCUGGACCAGGCCUUCGACGUCCUCGUGCUGCGCUACGGGGUGCAGAAACGCAUCUACUGCAAAGGUCUACAUGGCCUGGAGACGUUCCACUUCCACAAAGUGGGGAAAAGGGGGGAGUUGACUCUGGUGUGGGCCGCAGAGGAACCCGGGAAGCCUAGCGUACGGCAGGAGAUCUCCAUCUUUAGUCUGGUGGAUGUGCAGCUCAGGGCAGACGGAGCGCCUAUGAAAUACAGCGCUGUCAUCAAGAGGCCUAAUGAGACGGCGUAAUGAAUACUCUCAUGUGCCCCGAAUAACACACACACACACCAUAUCACACAUUCUCUGACAAACACACACAGCACUGCCGAAGAAGCUUUGGCAGUAUUUUGACGUUGACUACACAAACAAGCACGUUUUUUUUGUUGUUUUUAUAUGUAUUAGAAAAGCAACUUUUUUUGUAGUUUUAACUUUACAGUUCAAUUACCAUUGAGGAGCCGAGGCUGGACCAUACCACUGAAGCAGUGGUAUUGUUGUAGGGCCUGGCUGCUUAACUGUGAAAGCUCCAAGACUGUGCAAUGAACUUUUUAUUUUGCAGUUUUUACCUUUUAUGAGGUCAUUUUUAGAUAUUAUAAUUAUAUACACAGUCAAUGUGUGAAGAUGGCUUAAACUAUUUUUGGGUUUAAAAGUUUUAUUGAAGCUGUUCUAUUAAUGGCAAGUGUACUGUAACUGGUCAUUUCAGUCGCAAUGCAAUUGUCGUUGUUUAUUUGUAGUUGUAACCUAGCAAGAGCUUGUAUGCUUUUCCACUUCAUUUCAUAGUAUGACACUCGUCCCCACAUGUAUCUACUUUAAAGGCUCGACAAAGCGUUCAUAAACCUUUCAUAAGAACUUUGUAGAGGCUUCAGUUAUUUUAAAAGUGAAUUCACACAAUGAAUAACGUCUGACUUUUUGCCAAAUGCUUUGCCACCCGUUUAUAUAGCAAGAUGUUUGCUUAUAAAUUGUUUCUGAAGCAUCUAGAAUGUCUUGUGUAGUUGUUUUAAAGUGAGACCUGAAAUCCUUGUUGACAGAACUGUUCCUUAGUAAAAAGAUGAACCUACCCUAUCCACUAAUACUGCUGUUUAUAUUUUUAUGGCAGUGCAUGCUGGUAUUUACAGCGCAGAUUUUAAGCAUGCUAAUCCAUUGUGUCUCAAAGUUGUCAAGCGUGUGACUUGACUUGUAUCGUGACAGUUUUGGCAGUGACUCAAAAAUAAUGGCGUACAAUGCUGCUGUGAACUACCUUGUGAAUGUGAGGCCUUGACCAUUUUGUCUACCAUAAAAAUCCUUCUAAUGGCAUGCAUGUCCAAAACAAUACUGACACUUUUUUUUUUUUUUCUGUCUUUCAUCUCAAGAUCUCAGUAUUGUACAUGACAGUAAUGAUUUAUAAAUCCUGUAUUGUUUUGGAGGGCAGCCAUCUUAGUGGUCUUGCUCCAUAAGCAGGUGUGCCUUUUUCCGUAACAUUGCUUUUAUUUCGAGAGUAAAACAAUCUGCUUUGGUUUACAUUGUAAAUGCAGUUAAGCAAAUAUGUAUUAAGACCCAUAAAUGUUCUGCAAAUUGUAAGGUGCCAGUAGCAAGGAACUCCUUUAAACUCUCGAUACCAUGUUCAAACUAACAAAUCAGAUGUUGAUAAAGAAGUAUAUGUCUAACUAGUAAGCUGUAACUCACUCCUCAAUUUCUGUUUUGUCUUUGUGACAAGAUAGGAAUUACAAUCUGGGUUUAAAAAAAAAAAAAAAAACGUUUUUUUUCUUCAAUAACUAUUAAACCUUUUUGCCUUUUUACUAAGUAAUUACAAUUUGAGUCAAUUAAAUAUUAGCAAAAACAACCCAUUUCCAGAGCUUUCUAUUUAGAGGGGUCUGUUUUUGUUGGUGCGAUUUUAAAAGCUUGUGAUUGUCUUUCAUAAUCGGGUCACCGAGAGGAAUUGAGUAGUGGGCCUUUAACAGGAAAGGGAGAGCUUGGUGGUCAGUCCACACAAUACCUUCUUUCCUUUGCGCUUGUUUUACGUAAUAUAUUCCAUUCAUUUUGCCCACGUAAUCUAUGCCUUACAUGAAAAUAAGUCAGGCUUUAAAAGGGUAAUGCCUUUUCUGUUUCAGAUGUAAGAUUUAGGAUUCAAGCAUCUUUUAAUAUAUAUAUUUUUUUUUUACUGUGCUCCCCGUUCCAUUUGUGUGACGUUAGUAAUGUAGGUGUAUUUGCAUUGCCUGCUCAUGGAGAUGCCAAUGUAUAAACUGCAGUGGUUGUCAAUGUCUCAAACCUGUAUUAAGAGUCCACGAUAACAGGGUUAUGUUCAAUAGGAAGAAAAUGUAAUAAAACAGUGAAACAUAUAUAUAUAUACCACAAGAACUUGUCCAAUAAGAACAUUUUUGUUUACCUUUGCAAAACAUUUUGCGUAGUUGUGCUCUACUGAACAUGACCCAGGUGUUGUCCUGUGGCUUGGGGAGUGGGAGGACUGUGCUGUGUUAACAUGUUAUACUAUCCAACUGGACACACAAUAUUAAUGUAUUAGCAGUGAUCACAUAGGAAUUAGUGUAAAAGUGUACUUGAUGUGGCUGGCCCCUGUGAACCAAAUAAACAUCGGCUUCACUAAA